AUGGAUACACUAUUGAAGUCUUUCAUAGAUUGGUCACAUAGAAAUAAUGUUUUCAUUAAUGAUAAGAUUGAUUUUCGAGCUGAUGAGAGGAAAGGUAUGUUUGCUGUAGUGAAAGAGCGAAUGUUAGAAAAUGAAAAUUUGAUCAAGUUACCUAAAGAACUCGCAAUAGGGCCUGAUAUGAUAAAAUCGUUGUUUCCGGACGUGAAAUUGACCACUGAAUCUAACAGCAACAACGAGAUGAUGGUUUUACUCAUUUCCAAACUUAAAUUUGAUACUACAAGAAUUGGACAGUUCUUCAAGCCAUAUUUGGAUAUACUACCUAAAGCGCCAUCGCUGCCUUUAUUUUGGGAGCCCACUAUACGAAAUCAACUCAAAUCGACUGAUGCAGAACUGAAAUUGGAAGCUAUUUUAUCCAAACUUUUAAGUGAAUGGUAUAAUUUGAUGACUUUUCUUUUAAAAGCCUAUCCACAUUUGGUCAGUAAGAUGACCUUAAGUUCUGAAUUGAAAUAUUAUGAGCAUUUACUUGAAGAUACAUACCAAUCUAGUGAGCUUUAUGAACAUUUCAUACAAGAAGGUAGUUCCUGGACCAGCUUUCGUUCUUACGUUUGGUCCUAUAGUAUUUUGACUUCUAGAGGAUUUCCCUACUUUUUAGUUACUUCGUCUAUGUCUGAAAAGGAUUUGAAGACGCCAGUUUUGUUACCGGUAAUAGACUUAUUGAAUCACAGGAACAAUUUCAAAAUAAAAUACCUCAGUGUCAAUGAGACUCGUGAAGAAAAUGUAAUCUUCAAACUUGAUGAAAAUGUAGCUGAAAACCAAGAGCUAUUUAACAACUACGGUGAUAAGCCUAACGUUGAUCUUUUACUUAACUAUGGCUUUGCUGUAGAAGGAAAUGAGUACGAUGAGACUACGAUUACUUUCAAAAUUGAUGAAGGAAAGAUUUUAGAGGCAAUAGACUUUGGAAUUGAAUUCUAUGAACGUAAACAAAAGAUAGAUGAUCCUAAAUUAUUGAAAAAUGGAAUAAAUUUCUAUCUUGAUUGGAACACUCCUUUUCCACUCAAACUAGUAGACUUUUUUGCAUUUUUAGUACAGAUGAAAUUUGAGAAAGAAACUGGAAUGACUUUAAGAAUGAAACUAGAAGGAUUGACAGAAAUAAGAAAGAUAUUAGUCAUGAAAGUUGAGACAUUUAAAGAAAAUGAAUUAGAUGUCCCCAAUGAAGUUGAUGAAGUGUUUAAGUAUAUAAAGAUUUACAAGAAAGGGCAAAGAUUAAUAUUCCAAAAAUCAUUAGACUCUUUACAAAGCUAUGAGAAAAAAUUGUUGAAACAACAAAAAGCUAAAAUGAUCUCCUUCAAAACGAUUUUGAAAAAUGACGAAAUUUUUAUGAAAUAUCUCUCUACAUCUCUAAAUGUCUACUCCUAUGAGGAUAUUUUAGGGAAGAAGAUCCUUGACGUUGUAAUUCUUUUAUGGAUAUUAAGGCUUUAUAAUUUAAAAGAAUACCCAAAGGAUAAAUUCCUAAAUGACAAGGCUUUCAAGAGCCAGAUUGAUGUCGUUAUUUCGCAGUUUCAAAAUGUAAAGAGAACUAUUGAUAUUACUCAAGAAGACCUCCUCGAACAAGAGUCCUUCCUUUCGUUGUAUUUUUCUCUUUUGCCCAAUAAAUUCUCUGAUAUUUAUGGAAGAGGGGAUUGGAAGAUAGAGGAUUUUGUUGUUGCAAGCACAGUUGCUGAUAGAAUUAUCUACUUACGUCCGAUUAACCAAGAAGCCUUUAUUGUACCUACAAUUAAGCUCUCCUGA